AUGGCACCGGUGAAUGCAGGGUACAGCAAGGCUGUGAAUGAGCUCAAGAAGAGCAUCCUUGAAAUUCUGGGAAAAUGUGAGACUUCUGCUUAUAACAUCUUGGAGUUUACAGAAUGGAUAACAAGCCUGUGGAGAGCUGUUAAGCAUGAAACCUUCAUCUUCAGCUUCAGAAACAGCCUGGUGGCUGAUGCAUACAUGAAGCUCUGCACAGAAUGGGAAUUCAAAAAGGAAAUGUACUCAUGGACAAAAAAAGCAGAAACAAAAAUCUCUCACUUUGGCAGAGGGAAAACUGAAGAGUCCGACUUUGGACAACUUCUUACACAUUUAGAAAAUGAAGCAUACUCAGAGCUGUCAAAAUGGGAGGGAAAACUCCUUGACAAUCUGGAAAAGUACUUCAAGCAAACAAAGGGGCACGUUGAUCUUGUGGAAGCAUACAGGGCAGACUUCGCUAAGAGUGUAAAGAGUCUUCAUCGAAGUAUGAAGAGAUCCAUCAAAAACCAACUCACAGUUGCAAAAGACAUCAGAAGAGGAAUGAGUAAAAUUGACAGAAUCAAAGAGAACCAUACAAGAGAAUUAGAGGAGAUAGUACAUGCAUUGAUUGAAGAAUGCCGCAGUAAAAAGGUUGAGAUGACAAACGAAAAGGCGGACAAAGAAUUUGACAAGAUGUGGAAUGAAAUGGUGGGCGAACUUGACCUUUACAAACAAGAGGCCACAGAUGUCUUGGCAAGUAUAAUCUGUGAUCUGAGAGACAAUCUAAUGCGGAAGGGGGGUCAUGUCUGUGAAUUGUUGGAUAAAAAAAGACUGCAAGAUUGUGGGGAGAUGUCUUUCAAAUAUGCAGCUGAGGGAAGAUAA